AUGGGUGCCUAUCCGACACAAACUCGCUGGGGUGGAACUAUACUGAUCGCGAUAGUGCUUAUGUUCAUUAUCAUGGUGCAUCGAUCUAGUGCGGCCGACUCGAUUUGUGAGCGAAUAGACUUCAACGAUAUAAAUACGUGGAAAGUGCAACAGUGUUCUGGACCAUUUCGCGAGAUCUUUCGCCUGAGAGCGUACGGUUCGACGUCACUGUUUCGACCAUUUCGGGAACGCGUUACCUACUUCCUGUCGAACGAUGUGCGUGGCAUUAGCUGUACGGAAUCGAUCAACAGUUUCUACAUGAACGCGUUUACGGAGAUUCGUAUGAUUUAUCAGCUAAUGUUUAGAAAUCCUUGUCUGCUAACGCUCAUGGUGUACGAUUUGGAUAUGAUGGAUGAGUUUGGAGAGCCGCUGUUAGCUCAAAACUGGACCACGCGUGCUCAAACAUCCACGUGGAGCUUAUUUGUGGGAAAGGUGGAACGAGAAAUUCGCCGAGCAAGAAUACAGCUGCAAGCAGACAUGAGUGCGGAUGGUGAGCUGGCGAUCGAGUACAUAACAGUCUACAAUCCUCUGGUGCUCGAAGAGUUUUGCAUGGUGCUGGAUGAGUUCUACACAACACCCGAGCUAACCACUGCAACCACUAGACCUACCACGACCACAACAUCGCUUGCAUCCACAACUACGAGGCGAACGAGAAGCACUACUACAUCCACAACGAUGAUGCCGUCUACUACGACAACAACGACCAGGCCUACCACAACAUCACCCACUACAACCACUGCUUCUACAACUACCACUACUACUGUCACUACGACGCCUACCACCACUACUACAACUCCUAUGACUACAACCACUACUACGACUCCUUCGACUACAACCACUACUACGACUCCUUCGACUACAACCACUACUACGACUCCUUCGACUACAACCACUACUACGACUCCUUCGACUACAACCACUACUACGACUCCUUCGACUACAACCACUACUACGACUCCUUCGACUACAACCACUACUACGACUCCUUUGACUACAACUACUACUACGACUCCUUCGACUACAACUACUACUACGACGUCUACCACCACUGCUACAACUCCUACUACUACAACCACUACUACGACUCCUUCGACUACAACCACUACUACGACUCCUUCGACAUCAACUCCUUCUACUACUGCAACCGCCUCUACUCAUCCUAUCACUACUUCUAUUACUACCUCUACCAUAAUAACUUCUACUAGAACUGCGACAACCACAGCACCGCCAACAACUGCUAGUCCUCCAUCAAGCACACCCUUUCAAAAUGAAACAACAAACAUAAUUACUACUUCCACUACAUUCGCUACUAUCGUCCCAACUACUUCUUCAACGGUGACAAGUACAACUGCUAUCGUCACGUCAACAACACCGAUUACAUUUUUCACAACAACUUCUACAGUUCCGACCAUUACUAGCACCGACGAUACAACAUCAACGCAAUCGAAAACUACUGAACCGCCAACAACUAGCACUACUGUGACGUACACGACAACGCGAAGACGACGUACUACGACCACUACUUUGAGUUCGACGACGACGACGACUUCAACGACACUUACAAACUAUCCCGAUCGUACAACAACGCUGCCAACGACGAGUGUCCCUGUGAAAACUACAACAACAACGACGACAACAAUUGCGCCCAGAACGACCACCAACUCUACCAACACUACUACCACGUCCACCCAGAGUACCACUGUUCCUCUCACGUCUAGCAGUACAAAUCUUCCGUCUACACCUUCAACGCCAUCUACACCGAACAGUCCCGUACCGUCCACGACGACAGUGCCUUACACGACCAGGAUAUCUACACCACCAACGCCCUGGAAUAUAUCUUCCACGACGGAAACAUAUGCUCCCACCACCACCACCACCACUGACCUUCCCUCGUCAAUGCCAACGACACUGCCGAUAGUGAAUCUUCCGAACGCAUCGGUUGCCCUAUGGAUAGCACUGAGCGGUGUGUUUAUUGUGCUGUUCAUACUCGCAUCGGCCAUGGCUCUAUACAUCUACGUAUCUGGUGCUGAGCUUCAUCAAGCGCUCGGUAGCGUGGGCCACUUUUUCACCUGCACCAAACGUGACCGUGCUGGAACAGGGAAUGAGGAUGACCAGCAGCCGUACGGUACGGAUCAGCCGAACAAUUUCGAUCCGUUUGACACGUUCUACGGCCAGCAGCAACUGAAGAACAGACUGCGACCAAAGCACAACAGCAUCAGCAGCAUUAGCAACAACAGCAGCAAAGCGAUCCGCCAAAAGUAUCCCAAAUUUAAUGUCGACCCUUACCAGCAAGGCACAAUUGCGGAAGGGUCGAUGAAUGCAGCAUCGCUCGACCAACCACGCUUCGAUCUAAUGGACGAUAUCGACGUCAUCAAGUACAAAAAUAGGCUUAACAAACUUUAA